AUGACCAAAAUCCUUCAGGCGGUUGGAAAACCAAUCAUAGAGGCAUCGCUAUCUACACUCAUCUGUAUGAUUCCGCUGUUCUUCGUGCCUGUUUACAUUAUUGUGGCGUUUGCGAAAACUGUCUGUCUAGUGGCUCUGCUCGGGCUACUUCACGGUAUCGUCAUCAUACCGGUGUGCUUAACCUUCUUCCCAAAGAAAACGAAAUCACUUUUCACGAGGACACCGGCUCAUCUGGAAGAACAGAAGGAAUCGAUGCUAACAUAG